UCUUUUUCUCUUUUGAUUCUCAUCAUCUACUUUUCCUUUGAUAUCCUUUUCUUGUAUCUUAAUUCAUCAAAUCGAUCUCCUUUUUCUUUGUACUAUAUUAAUUUAUAUAAUCUCUUUUAUCUAGCUAGAUAUCGACUUCUCUCAUGGAGGGUUAUCAUCAUCAUCAACAUCAUCAGAACCCUCCAUCGAAUCCACAUCAUAUAAGUGUGAACGUGGACGCAGGGGAUAGGUUUCCUCAAUGGAGUGUUCAAGAGACGAGGGAUUUUUUGAUGAUACGGUCAGAGUUGGAUCAGACUUUCAUGGAGACGAAGAGGAACAAACUUUUAUGGGAAGUUAUAUCGAAUAAGAUGAAGGAAAAAGGAUUUAAUCGUAGCCCUGAUCAGUGUAAGUGUAAGUGGAAAAACCUCGUUACACGUUAUAAGGGAUGUGAAACAAUGGAGGUGGAUGGAAUGCGCCAACAAUUCCCAUUUUACAAUGAAUUUCAAGCGAUUUUCACUGCAAGGAUGCAGCGAAUGGUAUGGGUAGAGGCAGAAGGAAGCUCAGCGAAGAAGAAAGGAGUCGCAAACCUUUCGUCGGACGAGGAAGAUGACAACGAGGAGAGCGACGUCGAUAAAUCAUGGGGAACCAAGAAGAGGAAGAAGACUAUCAGCAAGAACAACAUCAUUGGAGCUGGCAACUCGGGUAAUGGAAGUGGAAGCAUGACUGUAUUGAAGGAGAUAUUGGAGGAUUUUACAAAACAACAAAUGCAAAUGGAAAUGCAAUGGCUAAAUGCAUACGAGGCAAGGGAAGAAGAGAGGAAGAUGAGAGAAAAGGAAUGGAAGCAAAGAAUGGAGGCCUUGGAGAAUGAGAGGAUGAUGAUGGAUAGAAGAUGGAGAGAAAUGGAGGAGCAAAGGAGGGUAAGAGAAGAAGCAAGGGCAGAUAAAAGAGAUUUAUUGAUAACUCAGCUUCUAAACAAGCUUAGAAGAGAUCAAGAAAGAUAUUGAAAUUAAACCAUGUGCUAUGAGAUAGAGGUUUGUCUUAAUUUCAUUUUCAACCCUCACUUAGGCACCACAUGAUCACUUUGUUUGUUGUUAA